AUGAGGCCACUUAAAUGUCGACAGUUUGUGAAACUUUGUGUGGAUAUGGAAGCAGACCAUUCCACUUUAAUCCAGCACACAGAAAUACGAUGGUUGUCAAGGGGAAAAGUAUUGUCUCACUUUUACGAAUUAAGAGAAGAGUUACUGACCUUUUGUUUGCAAGAAAACCUGAGAAACUUUGUAGAAUGUUUGAGUGAUGACCAUUGGUGUUCCAAGUUAGCAUAUCUUGCCGAUAUAUUUCAUGAGCUAAGCCUCUUGAACAAUAGCAUGCAGGACAGGAACGAAAAUAUUUUGUCUUCUACUGACAAAAUAAAUGCUUUUCAGAAGGAAUUGACAAUAUGGAAGAAACACAUAGCUGCAGGAAAUUUGGAAAUGUUUCCAAGUGUUUUUAAAAGGAACUGUCAAGAAACUGUGCUACUGAUUUUGAACCAUUUGCACACUUUGUUAACAAACCUUGACAAAUAUUUUCCAUCGAUAUCUGUUGACCAGUAUGAUUGGAUUAGAAACUCAUUUGUGGAAUUUGAGCCAUUUGAAGAACAGUUCACAUUAACAGAAGAAGAAGAACUUGCCAGUGUUUUAAAUGACAGAACAUUAAAGUUGAAGCAUUCUGAGCUUCACCUGGAUGCAUUUUGGUUGCUGGUUGAAAAGGAAUAUCCUGCAAUUGCCCAGAAAGUGCUGCAACCUCUUGUGCAGUUUUCAACCUCCUACUUCUGUGAAUUUGGAUUUUCAGCCCUGACAGCCACCAAGCACAAGAAGCGAGCACAAUUGCUGUCUGUGGAAGAUGAACUUCGUGUGUGUCUAUCAAAAACACGACCCAAUCUUAAAGAGUUGUGCAAAAAACACCAGGCUCAAGUUUCUUAUUGA